CACUCCCUGCUCUGCACUCUGAGCUCGAGCCUCUCUUCCCCCUCUCUGUCUUCACGAGUUCUCCUCCCGAAACCUGCGCGAGGCGUCCACUGAAAGCGCGAGACGAUUCCCCCCUCUCCCCUUCACUUCAGUCAACAUGGCUACAGUUGUAACCUCGACCAGAUUCACAGACGAAUAUCAGCUGUACGAGGAACUCGGAAAGGGUGCCUUCUCCGUCGUCCGCCGAUGCGUCAAGAAGUCCACCGGCCAGGAGUAUGCUGCUAAAAUCAUAAACACAAAAAAGCUCUCUGCCAGAGAUCACCAGAAACUGGAACGGGAGGCAAGAAUUUGUCGUCUGCUGAAACAUCCAAACAUAGUACGACUCCAUGACAGCAUCUCAGAGGAAGGUUUCCAUUACCUUGUCUUUGACCUUGUCACUGGAGGAGAGCUGUUUGAGGACAUUGUUGCUAGAGAGUAUUACAGCGAGGCAGAUGCCAGCCACUGCAUCAAUCAGAUCCUGGAGAGCGUCAGUCACAUCCACCAGCAUGACAUUGUGCAUAGGGACCUCAAGCCGGAGAACCUGCUCCUGGCCAGUAAGAUGAAGGGAGCAGCUGUGAAGCUUGCAGACUUUGGUCUGGCCAUCGAGGUGCAGGGCGACCAACAGGCAUGGUUUGGUUUUGCGGGAACUCCAGGGUAUCUGUCCCCAGAGGUGUUGAGAAAGGACCCGUACGGCAAGCCAGUGGACAUAUGGGCAUGUGGUGUGAUCCUGUACAUCUUAUUGGUGGGCUACCCUCCCUUCUGGGACGAGGACCAACACAAACUGUACCAACAAAUCAAGGCCGGUGCAUAUGACUUUCCCUCUCCAGAGUGGGACACAGUGACCCCUGAGGCCAAGAAUCUGAUCAAUCAGAUGUUAACGAUCAACCCUGCCAAGAGGAUCACUGCCGACCAGGCCCUCAAGCAUCCAUGGGUCUGCCAACGCUCCACUGUGGCCUCCAUGAUGCACCGUCAAGAGACUGUGGAGUGUCUCCGCAAGUUCAACGCCAGGAGGAAACUUAAAGGAGCUAUCCUCACAACGAUGCUGGUGUCCAGGAACUUCUCAGUGGGACGGCAGCAUACCAGCCCUGCCGCUACCACCAGCACGGCCGCUAUGGCACAGGAAGCUUGCAAAACCUUACUAAACAAAAAGUCGGACGGUGUGAAGUCGCAGGGAACCAACAGUAAAAACAGUGUAGUAAGCAGCAGCAGCACCAAAGACAGCAGCAUGUCAUCUUCAGCACCAAUGGAAGCCCAGACAACUGUUGUACACAACCCAGCUGAUGGCACCAAGGGCUCCACAGAGAGCUGUAAUAACACAGAAGAGGAGGACAUGAAAGGUAGGAAAGUGGCUGUCAGUGAGACUACUAGUACAGACAUUGCAGUGUUAAGCCAGUGCAGCACUACUGAGGAACGGACCCCAACCGUGUCUCCUCAUUGCCCAACACCCAUCUCUGGUCCCCUGCAGGAAGCUGCUAGCAGCCCCAGAGUUCCUGUAGCUCAGAACAGUCCAGCUCAGAGCUCUUGUCCUGAACCAGAGUCGGCUCUGUCACCCCUCACAGGCAGCAGCGGCAACCUGCAGCAGACUCGUAAACAGGAGAUAAUAAAGAUGACAGAGCAGUUGAUUGAAGCCAUCAACAAUGGGGAUUUUGAGGCUUACACGAGAAUCUGUGACCCUGGACUGACUUCUUUUGAGCCAGAAGCUCUUGGAAACCUGGUGGAGGGGAUGGACUUUCACAAGUUCUACUUUGAGAAUCUGCUGAGUAAAAACAGUAAGCCAGUGCACACCACCAUACUCAACCCCCACGUCCAUCUGAUUGGUGAGGACGCUGCCUGCAUCGCCUACAUCCGCCUGACGCAGUACAUCGACAGCCAGGGCCGGCCGCGCUCCUGCCAGUCAGAGGAGACACGCGUGUGGCAUCGCCGCGACGCCAAAUGGCUCAAUGUGCACUUCCACUGCUCAGGAGCACCGGCUGCACCCCUGCAGUGAACCGACAACUCAGGCCCAGCUUUGCCUGAACUCUAAAGCUCUUUGGAGCAUUUAUUCUCCGUGGACGGAUUGGUACCUGGAUCCUGGCCGGGAAGAGGCUGCUUGGAAAGCUGUAAAAACACAAAAGAGGGGAAAUUACAUUACAAUAAAAAAAGCAAAAAAAGCAAAAAAAAAAAAAAAAAAGCAUAUAUCAAAAGCUUGACUGAAUGACCGACCAACACCAAUCCAGUCCAACCCUAGCUAGAUGAUGUUGGGGCCCGGCCGAUGUCAGCCCCUUCUUGCAGGUGGUGCAUGCUUCUGGUGGCAACACAGGGGUGAUGCUGUCCUGGUCCUUUUCUCCCAUGGCCUUUAUUUCCCCAUCUUUGUUUAGUCUGCUGUCUGGAAAAGUAUUAACAUGUUUUUAAAAAAAAAUAAAGAGAGAUAUAUAUAUAUACAUACAUACAUACAUACAACAACAGAAAAACAAGUACACUUCACAUACACAGCGAGUUGGGGUUAGGUGGUAUAAUAUGUGGAAAACAAGAAAAAGAGAGCAGCAGAAUGUCUACUUUAAUAGAAGUAUUGUUUGUUUUACAGUUAAUAGGUAUGUGUAGGUGGGGUGAAUGGGAGCAAGUAAUAUCUACUUAAUAUCAGAAUUUAACACCCAUUUUAAGUGUCAGGUUUGAGCACCUGUACACAAUGUUUCAAAGGGGUUUAGACCAUGUGAUAUGUUACUGAAGGGACCUUUAUUUUUAUUUUGUCUUUUUGUAUUAUGUGUUAUUAAGCUGAUUGAUUUUUAUCUCCUUGAUGUAUUUUGUGUUGAAAAAGAAUAAUUUUUAAUCAAAAGCGGGAUUUUAUUUAAUAGAGUUGUGUAUAAAUAGAUAUUUAUAUUGGGGAAAAAAGGGGAAACAUGAUUUACUUUCAGGGUAUAGGGAGGGGAGUUAAGCAUGAGAGUGUGGGUGUUUUUUUUUCUGCUUUGAGGUCCCGAGGUGUAAAUACAAACACAUACCAUGCAUGCACAUGCACACACCAUGCAUGCACAUGCAUACACACAAACACACACGCACACUCAAGGUCCCUGUGCUCCAGCCUUUGGGGUUGAGCCUCUCUUGAGUUUUAGACACAACGUCCAGGCCAGCUCAUCCUGAAGUUGCAGAAGGCAUCCAUCUGUCUACCCUGCAGUGUUUGGAGUAGAACAUUAGGAGGCGCCAUCGGUCAAAGUCUAAAGCUCCUCACGUCUCUGAACUACCUAUUGUGAAAGCACGGACACACCCUCACAUCAACUUUUCACUUUUAUUUCAUCUGGUUUAAUGUAUUUUUGAUGUGAAGCAUGAUUUAUUUGAACUAUCUAAUGGCCUGUACUGUUUCUGCACAGACACUUAAGACUCGAUGCUGUUGUGUUCGCUCUUCUGAGGGAGUGAACCUUUCUGCAACUUCAGGUUACGCUCGCCAGAAUCCUUCCCUCUCACCCUACCUCUGCCCCUUUACUUCCAUCAUUCCUGCCUCUUAUACUCUGCACAUCUGUUACUCUUGUGACCUUCUCUAACCAGCCCCAUUGCUGUCUUAGUAGCACCAUACUGUUUGAUGAUGAUGAUGAUGAUGAUGUCACCCUUAUGCCUGUCUCUUGUUUUGAUUGUGUUCUUAAAAUUUGUAUAUUGUCCGUCUUGGCACUAUAAAAAGCAUGUUAAAAAGGGAAUGCAGCUGAGGGAUUGGACAAAACAAGGCAUCAUGGGAAGAGGCUAUGUUGCGGGACCUUCGCUGAUGGCAAUCAAAGGAUUUGGUCUCUUUUGUCACAGUUUCUGUUGUAAAUGUUGUAGUUGUUUAGUGUUUUGAUGUUGAUAUUUUUAUCAGUUGUUUUAGCCAGAACUAUAAAAAAGUAGGGGCUGGACUGAAUGGAAGCUCAGACUGCCACAACCCUUUUUUUUUUUGUUGUUUUAACUGUGUCCAUUAUUUCCUUACACACUGAUCAAUGCACACCGAAUGCUGAAAUCUUGGGGCAAAAACACUUAAUACUCUUCUGUGGCUAAUUAUAUUGAAAUUCACAACAUCAUAUAAGCACAUGAGAUCAAUGAUUCUCCCUUUGAGGAGGACAAAAUAUAUAUCUCUGUGUCAGUGGUUAAAUUUUGCAGCACUGUUUUUUCACUGUGUCGUAGAAACUUUGUGAGUGUGUGACUUUGUACCAGCGGAGGGAUGAGGCUUGCCGUCCGUCACGUCUGUGCUAUGCUGCUCCGUAGUAUCUCAUGUACUAGGUAGGCUGUUGCUGAUGGUCACCUACAAGCAGAAACCACAACGAAGCUUCAAAACAUCACAUAUCAUGUCUAUGUACGUACACUGACACAGUCAAACAGAUUUUUAACAAUGUUGUGAAUCAUAUGUGAGCCCUGUCCUACUGUAUCAACCGCCUGUGCUUCUUUCCGAGUGCUGUGACAUAUCUGACAUGCCAUGAAAACUGUGCCCACCCCACUUUUUGCACCAUGAUGACAAUGCGUUGUAAAACCAGUACUGAAACUAUGUGAUGUUUUUUAUGGCUCUUAGUAGUUCUGUUUGUGCUGUGGGCACUGGCCCAGUUGUCUGUUGAUGCCACCAAUCUGAUAAGAUGCUUUUCUUUCAUUGUGAGUGUGUAUUACCACACAGUCAUGGGAAUGUUUAAAUAAAAGAGUAAGAUGCAGGUACACUCAACAGGUUAUCUAGAAGGAGGGAAACUGAUCUGAGGGAACAAACAGCAGCAUACUCAGUUUGCCAAAGUAUUUAAACAGUUGGAUCAAGUUGAAAUCAGCAGUUUUGUUUGACUAACACGAAGCUAAACAGCAGAAAUUUUGACAUGUUGUAGCAGGAAACCACUGUUGUAUAAUUGCUGCAUUUAAAUUAUAAACAUAAAUUCAGUCUUUUGUUUCUCAUGCUUCUCAGUAACUUCAGCUUCAAGUUGUUUCUUUGUAGUACUUAACUCACUUUUCUCUCUCCAGCUCCGUCUUCAACACAUUUAUGCAAUUGUGUUUCUUAAAAACAUUUUCUCAAUAACCCCUAUUUUGCUAUCUAGCCAUGUAGAUAGUUUUGAUUUUAUUUGUUGGGUUUUGAGAUAUCUGCCUCUACAUCUGGACAAUGGAGGCAAAACACAUUUAAUUUUUGAUGCAUUAAAAUUCAACAGUAAAGUAGUUCCAAAGAAAACUGUAUAACUUGCACGUAAAAUCUGGACUGUCUGUACUAGAAGGAAGUGAGAAUAUGUUUGCAGUUUGUAGUCUGAGUGAUCCAGCUGCUGUACAGCCCCUUUGUUACAUCAGACAUAGCAUCAAAACACACAUACGAGCUGUGAGUCCAUCUUAUCUGGAUCCUGAAUUAUUGAAGAUGAGGGGAAAAAAGUAACUUUAAAUCGAGUUAUGAAAAUUGCACCACAAUUUCAGAGACAGAAUUAAAUUUCAACAUUAAUGUUCAGUGGUAAUUAUUUCACAGUUGAUGUUAAUUUGCUUGUAAAAGUAAAAUUGUUAUGGCCUGUCUUUGGUUCCAUAGAAGUACUACAGAGUGAACUCCCUGCUUCAGCUGAAGUGUCACUGAGAUCCAUUGUAAAAUAAUAGAUUACGUUUUAAUAUAACAGGGUAUCAACUUUUAGCUUUGCUGUUGUAUAUAGGAUACGAGACCAAAUAUAAACUUUACACAGAAUUACUUUGGGUAGAUGGCACCAACUACCUACAAAUCACAGUAGGUGAAGUAGCUUGCUUUCUGUUGUUUUGCUUCAUAUACAUUUUAGUUUUAAACAUCCAAUUGUUUGAAAAACUGAAAAAUGAACUGCAUAGUUCAGAUACUUUGGCAAAUGUCCAAAUAUGUUAGAUUAAAACAUUACCUGACUGGAGUGAGGGGACAAAAAGAUUCUUGAAACGCUUAAAACAAAUGUUGAAAAAGGAUCAUUAAAACCACAAUCUUCAACAGCAACACUAUAUAUGCAGUUUUACAAAUGGAAGAAAUAUGCAUGUCUACUUUCUGGUAAUUUUUCACUGUUUACUUGAUAAAGAAAUGGAAAUCUAUGUUACUUGCAUCCUUGAGGUUAUGAAAUGGCUCUUUCUGAGAUAUUGAAAUCAAGUGAUGUUAUCUCACAUUAAAAUGCAUAAAAGAUUAGUCAAAGCCUUAGCUUGUAUGUACCCCUUUAUAAGUAAAUUUAUUGCAUUGUAACCUUACACUAAAGGGGCUACAUAUGUCUAUACUCUUUGAGUUUCAGUUGGAUGCUGGAUUUUUGCAUGACCAUACAGUUAAUAAAAAUCAUACAUUUAAAACUA